UCUUUAGGUACAACUUUAACAAGGUUGCACAGUAUAAGCAACUUACGCUGGAGGAAGCAGAAGAAAAGAUGAAGAAUAGGAAAAAGACUGCUGAUGGAUAUGAACGAUGGAUGAUGAAAGCUGCAAAUAAUGGAGCUGCUGCAUUUGGUGAAGUGGAGAGGUUUGAUGACAAGGAGAGUGGUGUGGCUGGUGGGAGGGGACGUAAAAAAACAACUGGUGAUGAAGAAGAAGGUAAUGUUUCAGAUAAAGGGGAGGAGGAUGAAGAAGAAGAGGCAGCAAGGAAGAAUCGAUUGGGACUCAACAAAAGAGAAGGUGACGAUGAUGAGGAAGGUCCAAGGGGUGGUGAUCUUGAUUUGGAUGAUGAUGAUAUUGAAAAGGGUGAUGAUUGGGAGCAUGAAGAAAUUUUCACUGAUGAUGAUGAAGCAGUUGGUAAUGAUCCUGAGGAAAGAGAAGAAUUGGCCCCUGAAGUUCCUGCUCCUCCAGAAAUUAAGCAGGAUGAAGAGGACGAGGAUGAAGAUAAUGAAGAAGAGGGUGGACUGAGUAAAUCUGGAAAAGAGUUGAAGAAGCUACUUGGGCGAACUGGUGGGCUGAAUGAUUCAGAUGCUGAGGAUGAUGAUGAUGAUGAGGAUAUCGAUGAUGAUAUUGGCCUUUCCCCUGUGCUGGCUCCAAAGCAGAAGGAUGCACCUAAAGAGGAACCUGCUGAAAACAGUCCUUUAAAAACGGCGCCUUCUGGACCUGCUAAGGGAACCCCAUCUAGCUCCAAGUCUUCGAAGUCUAAGAGAAAAUUGAAUGGGGAUGAUGCAAAAGCAACAAAUGGUGCACCUCCAAAGAAGGAACUAAAAUCUUCUGUAAAAGAAGAAAAUGUUCCUACUUCUAAAAGUACUGUGCCUUCAAAAGGAACACCAUCAUCAUCAUCAAAAUCUGCUUCAACAUCAUCUGCUGGGCCUGUCACUGAAGACGAAAUCAGGGCUGUUUUAAUGCAAAAGACACCAGUGACAACUCAGGAUCUUGUUGCUAAUUUUAAGGCAAGAUUAAGAUCACCAGAGGACAAGAACGCAUUUGCUGCCAUCCUGAGGAAAAUUUCUAAGAUACAGAAGUCAAAUGGAUCCAAGUCUAACUAUGUUGUUUUGAGAGAGAAAUGAUUGGAUCCAUCCAUGUACAUCUGCUUUUAAGUGAGCUGGUAUUCGCCCCUUCCUCCUACCCCAACUACUUUAACAAUCUCUUAAAUGUGUUCUUAAUUCUUCUAUAUAUGGUGGAGGAUAAACAAAAACUUUUGCAGAUAUUCUGACGAAAAUUUCUAAGAUAUACAGGACAAAUGGAUAUGACUGUUGUUUUGAGCGAGAGAUGAUUGAGUCCAUUUGCUUUUCGUUGCUUCCCGCCAGCCAAUUUCCCCAAAUCCAACAAUGUCAUUUCUAACAAAACCCUAUCCGGCUAUCACAACCUUCCUCACCCCUUUCUCCAAAAAAAAUAAAAAAUCCUAGUCAUGCAAGGAGGUUGUUUUGUAUAAGAUCCAUUUUAGAAUCAAAAGUUGUGUCAAAAUUAUGGAGGAUAAAUAUUGGGUUACUUUGUACUGAUAUAUGGUAUCUCGGAUCUGUAUGCAUUUACAAAACUGUAAAGGUGGAGCCUAAUGAGCUUUGGAUA